AGAAAGAGAGACCAAUGAAAAUGGCGAGAGUGUGUGUUUAGGAUGAGCUCGAAAUGUGGAAAUUCCGUAUUGUAUUUUUCACCUUAUUAAUGUAUUGUUUGUAAUUAUUUUUGUGCUGGUAUGUAAAAAGUAGUGUCACGAUGGCGGCUAAUAUGUAUAGGAUCGGAGAUUAUGUUUAUUUUGAAACAUCGUCAACAUCACCAUUUCUCAUUAGGAGAAUAGAAGAACUAAAUAAAACUCCCAGUGGGAAUGUAGAAGCCAAAGUAAUGUGCUUCUUCAGGAGACGAGACCUACCUAGUUCACUUAUUAUGUUAGCUGAUAAACAUCAUAGUGCCUUAUUUGAGGACAGUGAUGGAGACGGCCAAUCAGGUUUAAGUCAGAAACAGCGGCACCAAAUUAAACAUAGAGAGUUAUUCCUUUCAAGGCAAGUGGAGACGCUGCCAGCAACGCACAUUCGAGGAAAAUGCUCAGUGACACUUUUAAAUGAGACUGAGUCUCUAACUAGCUACCUCAAUAAAGAAGACGCCUUUUUUUAUUGCUUAGUCUAUGACCCUUCUCAAAAAACUUUGCUUGCAGACAAAGGUGAGAUCCGAGUUGGUGCUCGUUACCAGGCGGAAACAGCUCCUUUCCUUGAAUCAGCAAAAGAGAAAGAAGAAGACCGUAAAGAAGAAGAAUUAGAUACCUUAGUUUGGACACCAGAACAUAAUCUGACUGAUCGACAGAUUGACCAGUUUCUCGUGAUAUCACGUUCUGUUGGUACGUUUGCCCGAGCCCUUGACUGCUCAAGCUCAGUGAAACAGCCCAGUCUCCAUAUGAGUGCUGCAGCUGCCUCCAGGGAUAUCACUUUGUUCCAUGCCAUGAACACCUUACACAAACAUUCGUAUGAUAUUGCCGAAGCAAUAGGCUCCCUUGUUCCUUCUACAGGCCCAGUCCUCUGCAGGGAUGAAAUGGAGGAAUGGUCAGCAUCCGAAGCAAAUCUCUUUGAAGAAGCAUUAGAAAAAUAUGGAAAAGAUUUCAUCGACAUUCGGCAGGACUUCUUGCCGUGGAAAUCGCUUAAAAAUAUUGUUGAAUAUUACUACAUGUGGAAAACAACAGAUCGUUAUGUCCAACAAAAGCGGGUGAAAGCUGUAGAAGCCGAAUCAAGGUUAAGACAAGUGUACAUUCCGAACUAUAACAAACCAAACCCAUCAGCAAUCAACAACAAUAAAGGGAUGAUGAAUGGCAAUGGUUUGGGAUAUAGCGAGAAUCUGGUAAGUGGGAAGGCUUGUGAAUCAUGUAAUGUGUCGAUAUCAAGCCAGUGGUAUUCUUGGGGCCCAGUCAAUAUGCAGUGCAAAUUGUGUCAGAAUUGUUGGCACUACUGGAAGAAAUUCGGCGGUCUCAAGGUUCCCUCUCGAUUGGCAGAAGUGGAUCCUGAAGUUUGCAAAAAGAAAUCAGGUAGCAUUUCCGAUGAGGAAAAGAUCCCACCAAGCCUCGCUGGCCAUCGACCUCACCGGUGUAGUAUUAUUGGUUGUAGCAAAGAAUUCAAAUUGAAGGCUCACCUAGCUAGACACUAUGCAACAGCACACGGCCUUGCAAUAAGAGCAGGAUCUCCAAGGCCAAUCAUGAAAACAAGGACAGCAUUUUAUCUUCGCACAACACCCCUCACUCGAAUGUCUCGCAGAUUAUGCAGAAACUUGAUUAUGUCGCGUCAUGCUGCACGCUCUCCAUUCUGGUCUAUUAAUGUGCCGGCAAUCAAGCAAGAAUGUCAAGUUCAAAUGAUGGGUAAAUCAGUAGCUCAACUAAAAGAACUGCUACGGUAUCAUAAAAAAGACCGAGGCAGUGUUACCAACAUAGCCACCAAAUUAGGUAUAUUGAGGAAUCAUGAGCUAAAUGUCCCCAGCUGGUUAGCUCCUACUCCCAAGGACAAAAUUGCCAAGAGCGAAAGGAUUAGUUUCCCCAAACCUCCAAAAGGGCCUGAUGGAAGUUUGCUGUAUGAAAGAAUACCCAAUAAACCGGAAGCUGAAAAGACAAAUAACGUUGCUGUAGCUUUGAAGAAACGUGUAUAUGAGGAAAUGAAUGGAAUAGAUGAUCCAGAUUGGGAUGACGCUAUGAUUAUUUCGCCUCCAAGCAAGCGUUGUCAUCGAGACCCAGCAGCACCUGGCCCAGUAAUGAGUGUUCCUUCUGUUCUGAAUGGAGCAUGCAAACCUCGUAUGACUACUCUUUCUGGGCGCCCAGGGCGCAAACAAGUCAUUUCAUGGAUGGAUGCUCCGGAUGAUCUCUAUUUCUGCUCUACUGUCGCCUCCAAACGUAACAGGCGGCAACUAACUACUGUAGAAUUAAGACGUGCUGCGAGGAAACCCUGGAGGAAACUUGGCGUGAAAGAGCCCAUUGCCAAAGUGGAAUGACUGUUUUCUUCUGACUCCGAAAUUGUAAAAAGCUAAAAGUAAUAUGGGUGCAGUCAGACUGUUGUAAAUACUUAUGCUAGCGCUGUACUCUUGUCUUGCAAGUAUGCACCUUUUCUAAAAUUUGUACUUUUUUCAAAUUUUGUACGUUGCAUAUGGCAUUGCUGGCUUUCUUCCAUUAUGGUCAGCUAUUGAUCUAGCUAAAAGAAAACUUAAUCUGUCUAAAGGCAGAUAAAUUGCUGAGAAAUACGCAAGAAAAGUCAUAAAAGUGAGGCAGAAGUGUUCACUGCAGAAAGUGUAAUUUACACUUUUCACGUAGUUUGAAGUUGAAUAAAGAGCCUGUAGCAGCUUUCUUUGACCAGCGGUUUUAAGUAAAGUCCUGAAUGGAAAAGAUCCUUAUCGUCUUAAAUACAACUUGCUCUUCUGAUUUUUAAUCUGUUAAAAUUAAAAAAUAGAUGACAAUCCUUUCAUUCUUACAAUAAUUUUAGAUUUGAACAAUAUUCCAGCUUUUUUGCAAAAGCACUUUCUUAAAGUUUUCAAGCUAAAAUUCAAAGAUCUAACUCUUUAAACCAAUAAUUGAGGUUCAGUUAUAGAAAAUCAUCUCAGAACCUAUCAGAACUUAUAAAAUUACGCUCAGUAAAAAUUCAGUUUUCGGUGUGUCGUUGUUAUCCUCAAAAUCAACGGCUCCAAUCCCAGAAUGGAGCUUAAUUUGAUCACC